AUGGCCAACACAUUCGCUGGGAGCGGCCCAGCUCACGCCCAGUCAUCACUGCCCUCACUGCCCGCCCACUUGCAGUCUGAUACACAUCUCACGGCUCAUCUCGCCAGUCGGUUCCAUGUCGGAUUACCCACGGCCCGUCUGUCAUCCCAGGCCCUGAUUGCCCUGAACACAUAUUCGUCGGCUACUAAAGGGCCAGACGGUGGAAAGGAGGGAAGUGCUGCGGGCGAAGCGGAAGAUCUAGCUCAUCGCGCCUUCACUCGGUUGGGUGCGCGCGCCGAAAACCAAGCUAUUGUAUUCCUUGGAGAGAGCGGAUCUGGAAAAACCACUCUUCGUUCGCAUUUGUUGUCUUCGUUCCUUUCAUUUUCAUCGACACCACUGUCCUCCAAAAUAUCAUAUGCUGCCUUUGUCUUCGAUACUCUUACAACCACCAAAUCCGUCACUACACCCACUGCCUCUAAAGCCGGUCUCUUCCUCGAACUCCAGUAUGAUGGUUCGUCCUCCGUGAACCCCACAUUGAUCGGCGGUAAAAUCAUUGACUACCGGCUGGAGCGAAGUCGCAUCGCUUCUGUGCCCACGGGAGAGCGAAGUUUCCACGUGUUGUAUUAUUUGCUCGCUGGAACAAGUCCGGCGGAGAAAUCGCAUCUGGGCUUUGAGAAUAGCAUCCAUGUUCAGACUGGGAGCAGGCUGUCCGGCUCAAAUGUCAGCCACAAACGCUGGCGUUAUCUCGGCCAUCCCACGCAGCUCAAGGUCGGAAUCAAUGAUACUGAGGGCUUCCAGCAUUUCAAGACCGCCCUGCGGAAGUUGGAAUUCUCUCGAAGUGAAAUCGCUGAGAUCUGUCAGAUUCUAGCCAGUAUCCUUCACAUCGGACAGCUUGAAUUCGCCACGGGGCAGUCUACCACCACCGGCGCGGAAGAGAGUGGUGGUUAUUCCCACGAGGGUGGCGAGCUUGUUACAGUAGUGAAGAACAAGGAUGUCCUCGACAAUGUCGCUGCUUUCUUGGGUUUGAGCGUCGAGGCUCUGGAGAAUAGCCUCGGUUAUCGGACAAAGACAAUCCACCGCGAGCGCGUGACGGUUAUGCUUGAUCCUAAGGGAGCACGGGAGAAUGCUGAUGCAUUUGCACGUACCAUAUACUCGCUCUUAGUAACUUAUGUGAUUGAGACUGUGAACCAAAGACUCUGUGCCGCGGAGGACAGCGUCGCCAACACUAUCUCCAUUGUCGAUUUCCCCGGAUUCGCCCAAGCCCCUUCCACCGGGUCUACUCUUGAUCAACUUCUCAGCAAUGCUGCGACAGAAUCGCUCUACAACUACUGUCUUCAGUCAUUCUUUGAUCACAAAGCGGAUAUUCUUGACCGCGAGGAAAUCACAGUGGCUGCGACCAGCUAUUUCGAUAAUACUGAUACUGUGCGAGGUCUUUUGAAGCAUGGCAAUGGUUUGUUGAGCAUUCUGGAUGACCAAACCCGCCGAGGCAGAUCCGAUGCUCAGUUCUUGGACAGCGUGCGAAAGCGCUUUGAGAACAAGAAUCCUGCGAUCUCCGUGGAUACUACUGGUGGACCAGGCUAUAUGGGCCAAACACGAAGUGCAUUCACAGUCAAGCAUUUUGCUGGCGAGGUGGACUACUCCACCACCGGCCUACUCGAGGAGAACGGCGAAGUCGUCUCUGCUGACUUGAUGAAUCUCAUGCGCUCCACCCGCAGUGACUUUGUGCGUGAAUUGUUCCACCAGGAAGCUCUGCAGACCAUAUCGCACCCUCAAGAAAAAAGCGCCAUCAUGCAAGCGCAGGUGAGCUCAAAGCCUCUGCGCAUGCCCAGCAUGGCUAGACGCAAGACUGGACCCCCAUCUCGCUUCGCCGCCCCCAGUGCCCACCCUGAAAGCGAGGAAGGAGACGAACCCGAAAGCCAGGUCGCAGGAUCUAAGCGAGCUAGUGUUCGGAAGAGUGGCAUGCCUUCGGGACCAGCCCAAGGAGCGGCCGGCCAGUUCCUUUCUGGCUUGGAAAUUAUUAACAAAUCCCUAAGCUCCUCGAACGUCAAUCCCUACUUCGUCAUUUGUCUCAAGCCGAAUGAUCGUCGGAUUGCCAACCAGUUCGACAGCAAAUGUGUGCGAAUGCAAGUCCAAACUUUCGGUAUCGCUGAGAUCAGCUCCCGUCUUCGGAACGCCGAUUACAGUGUCUUCCUCCCCUUCGGAGAGUUCCUUGGUCUUGCCGACAUAGGAAAUGUUGUUGUGGGAAGCGACCGCGAAAAAUCUGAGGUCGUUCUGGACGAAAAGCGAUGGCCCGGCAAUGAAGCACGCGUCGGUAGCACCGGCGUUUUCUUGAGUGAACGAUGCUGGGCAGAUAUUGCUAAAGUUGGCGAUCGUGUUGUCCCAGCAUUGGGGAAUGCUGGUGUUGACGAAGGCGACGCCUUCCAGACUGCCGGUGGAAAUCCAGAUGCGAAGCUCCGACUUCUCAAUGCCACUGAUCAGUCACCAGGCGCUUUCAUUUAUGGAGAUGACCCCAAGCAAGGGUACUUUGGUAGCCGUGAACUGGAUGGACGUUCCGAUGCCGGCGGUUCUGCCUUCCAUUCAGGUGAUAUGUUCAAAAACCUUGACACGAAAGAGCAAAUGCUCGAGAAAAACAACGAGAAGAAGAUGGAGGAGGUCGACGAAGCUACCACCUCUGGCAGCCGUCGUCGCUGGAUGUUCUUUGUUUACCUUCUUACAUUCUGGAUUCCCGAUUUCAUGAUCCGAUUCAUCGGGCGAAUGAAGCGCAAGGAUGUGCGGGUUGCCUGGCGUGAGAAGCUUGCAAUCAACAUGAUCAUCUGGUUCGCCUGUGGUGUAGCUGUUUUCAUGAUUGUUGGUUUCCCUGGAGUAGUGUGUCCAACUCAAGACAUUUACAACACGGCAGAGCUCAGGGGCAACAAUGGCAACGACGGUGCUUCAUCUUACGUUGCCGUUAGAGGUGUGGUUUUCAAUCUUGGAAAGUUCAUGCCAUCCCACUUCCCCGACAUUGUUCCCCAGAAAGCACUCAAGAACUAUGCAGGCACGGACGCGACCAAUCUCUUCCCUGUCCAGGUCUCAUCUUUGUGCCAAGGUGUUAGUGGAAAAGUGGAUCCCAGCGUACCAUUGGAUUACCGAUCAAAUCUCAAUGAUUCCGCAGCUACGACUUCCAGCUCCAGCUUCGAUAUUAAUGCCAAGUACCAUGAUUUCCGUUCUUGGACCAACGACUCCCGGGCUGAUUGGUUCUACGAACAAAUGGUUAUGAUGCGCUCGAAUUACAAAAAAGGCUAUGUUGGAUAUACUGGAAAGACAAUCAAACAGAUGGCGACCGAAGAUUCCAAGAAGGUCGUGAGCAUCAACGGCAAAGUGUAUGAUAUGACUGAUUAUAUUGCUGGACCUCGAGUACCUCGCUGGCCAGUAGGGAAGAACGGCACCAGAAACAUCGAGACAGAUUAUAUGCAUCCUCUGCUCGUCAAUAUUUUCCAGGGAAAGGCCGGAGACGAUGUGACCAAGUAUUGGGAUGAUUUGAACUUCGACACCAAUCUCAGAUCUCGGAUGCAGCUUUGCUUGGACAACCUGUUCUUCAUUGGUAAAAUCGACACUCGAGACUCCGUUCGCUGUCAGUUUGCGCGAUACUUCAUUCUCGCAAUUUCCAUCAUGCUCGCUUCCAUCAUCGGCUUCAAGUUUUUGGCUGCUUUGCAAUUCGGAAGGAAGAACCUUCCCGAGAAUUUGGACAAGUUCAUCAUUUGCCAAGUCCCAGUCUAUACUGAAGAUGAAGAGUCGCUGCGUCGUGCCAUGGACUCUAUGGCUCGCAUGCGCUAUGACGACAAGCGCAAACUUCUGCUCGUGAUUUGUGACGGUAUGAUCAUUGGCCAAGGCAACGACCGUCCAACUCCAAGGAUCGUCCUUGACAUUUUGGGUGUUCCCGAAUCUGUGGACCCCGAGCCGCUCAGCUUCGAGAGUCUGGGUGAGGGCAUGAAGCAGCACAACAUGGCAAAGCUCUAUUCCGGUCUCUAUGAAGUUCAGGGUCACAUUGUUCCUUACUUGGUCGUUGUCAAGGUUGGAAAGCCUUCGGAAGUGUCUCGUCCCGGUAACCGUGGAAAGCGUGAUUCUCAGAUGGUUCUCAUGCGCUUCCUCAACCGCGUUCACUACAACCUUCCGAUGAGCCCUAUGGAGCUUGAGAUGCAUCAUCAUAUCCGAAACAUUAUCGGUGUCAAUCCUCAAUUCUACGAAUAUAUCCUACAGGUUGAUGCCGAUACUGUGGUGGCUCCUGAUGCUGCUACGCGUUUUGUUUCGGCAUUCCUUUCGGAUACUCGCCUCAUCGGUUGCUGUGGAGAGACGUCUCUGUCCAAUGCCAAGACCUCUGUUAUCACAAUGAUCCAGGUUUAUGAAUACUACAUCUCUCACAAUCUGACCAAGGCAUUCGAGAGUUUGUUUGGGUCCGUCACUUGCUUGCCCGGUUGUUUCAGUAUGUACCGUAUCCGUACAGCUGAGAAUGGAACGCCUCUCUUCGUCAGCAAAGCUGUGGUUGAUUCAUAUUCCGAAAUUCGCGUGGACACUCUCCACAUGAAGAAUCUGCUACACCUUGGUGAAGAUCGUUACUUGACGACACUUCUCAUCAAGCAUCACCCCAAGUUCAAGACAAAGUACAUCUUCCGAGCCCACGCCUGGACAGUUGCUCCAGAAAGUUUUGCAGUCUUCCUUUCGCAACGUCGUAGAUGGAUCAACUCUACUGUCCACAACUUGAUGGAGUUGAUUCCACUGCAACAGCUGUGUGGUUUCUGUUGUUUCAGUAUGCGAUUCAUUGUGCUUAUGGACCUGCUCAUGACUGUCAUUCAGCCUGUCACGGUUGCCUAUAUUGCAUACCUGAUCUAUUGGUGUGUGAGUGAGCCCGAUGUGCUUCCUAUCACUUCUUUCAUUCUGCUCGGUGUUAUCUACGGUCUGCAAGCACUCAUUUUCAUCUUCCGACGCAAGUGGGAAAUGAUCGGUUGGAUGUUGAUCUACCUCCUCGCCAUCCCCAUCUUCUCUCUUGCCCUGCCACUUUACUCUUUCUGGAACAUGGACGACUUCUCCUGGGGUAACACUCGUGUCAUCACCGGAGAAAAGGGCCGCAAGGUUGUCAUUUCUGACGAGGGCAAAUUCGACCCCGACUCCAUUCCCAAGAAAAUUUGGGAAGAUUACCAAGCUGAGCUGUGGGAAUCACAGACUUCGCGUGAUGAUCGGUCUGAAUUCUCCGCACACUCCUAUGGCACCAGAUUGCCUCCCUUCCCGCAGUCUGAAUAUGGCUUCCACACUGGCUCGCGCCCAGUCUCCCAGCUCGAUCUGCCUCUUGGCGGUGGUAACACUCGUUAUUCGGUCGCUGCAUCUGAAAUGAUGAGCAGCUUUGGCAUGGAAGACCUCAGCCAUCUACCCCCUGACGAUGAGAUCCUGGAUGAGAUCCGCAAGAUCUUGGCCACUGCAGACCUGAUGAAGGUUUCAAAGAAGACCGUCAAGCAGGAGCUUGAAAGACGGUUCGAGGUCAACUUGGAUGCCAAGCGACCUUACAUCAACUCUGCCACCGAAGCCGUUCUCUCGGGUGUUCUCUAA